CCUAUAAUGAUGUGCAUGUCAACUUCACUCAUGAAGAGUGGGCUUUGCUGGAUCCUUCCCAGAAGAAUCUCUACAAAGAUGUGAUGGUGGAAACUUACAGAAACCUCACUGCUAUAGGCUACAAGUGGGAAGAUAAUAUUGAAGAGCACUGUCAAAGUUUUCGAAGACAUGGAAGGUAUGAAAGAAAUCAUACUACAGAGAAACCUUCUGAAUGUACUCAAUGUGUUAAAGCCCUUGAAUCCUUUAUGCGUCACAGUCAUCUUGAAAGGCACAAAAGAACACAUACAGGAGAAAAACCCUAUGAAUGUAAUCACUGUGGUAAAGCCUUUAUGCAUGACAGUCAUCUUCAAAGGCACAAAAGAAUACAUACUGGAGAGAAACCCUAUGAAUGUAAUCAGUGUAGUAAAGCCUUUUCAUGUCAGAGUUAUGUUCAAAGUCAUAAAAGAACACAUACUGCAGAGAAACCCUAUGAAUGUAAUCAUUGUGGUAAAGCCUUUUCAUGUCAGAGAUAUCUUCAAAUUCAUAAAAGAACACAUACUGGAGAGAAACCCUAUGAAUGUAAUCAGUGUGGUAAAGUAUUUGCACAAUACAGUCAUCUUCAAAGGCACAAAAGAACACAUACUGGAGAGAAACCUUAUGAAUGUAAUCAGUGUGGUAAAGCCUUUUCAUGUCACAGUCAUCUUCAAAGGCAUAAAAGAACACAUACUGGAGAGAAACCCUAUGAAUGUAAUCAGUGUGGUAAAGCCUUUGCACAAUACAGUCAUCUUCAAAGUCAUGAAAGAACACAUACUGGAGAGAAACCCUAUGAAUGUAAUCAGUGUGGUAAAGACUUUGCACAAUACAGUCAUCUUCAAAGUCAUGAAAGAACACAUACUGGAGAGAAACCCUAUGAAUGUAAUCAGUGUGGUAAAGUGUUUGCACAAUACAGUCAUCUUCAAAGUCAUGAAAGAACACAUACUGGAGAAAAACCCUAUGAAUGUAAUCACUGUGGUAAAGCCUUUAUGCAUGACAGUCAUCUUCAAAGGCACAAAAGAAUACAUACUGGAGAGAAACCCUAUGAAUGUAAUCAGUGUAGUAAAGCCUUUUCAUGUCAGAGUUAUGUUCAAAGUCAUAAAAGAACACAUACUGCAGAGAAACCCUAUGAAUGUAAUCAUUGUGGUAAAGCCUUUUCAUGUCAGAGAUAUCUUCAAAUUCAUAAAAGAACACAUACUGGAGAGAAACCCUAUGAAUGUAAUCAGUGUGGUAAAGUAUUUGCACAAUACAGUCAUCUUCAAAGGCACAAAAGAACACAUACUGGAGAGAAACCUUAUGAAUGUAAUCAGUGUGGUAAAGCCUUUUCAUGUCACAGUCAUCUUCAAAGGCAUAAAAGAACACAUACUGGAGAGAAACCCUAUGAAUGUAAUCAGUGUGGUAAAGCCUUUGCACAAUACAGUCAUCUUCAAAGUCAUGAAAGAACACAUACUGGAGAGAAACCCUAUGAAUGUAAUCAGUGUGGUAAAGACUUUGCACAAUACAGUCAUCUUCAAAGUCAUGAAAGAACACAUACUGGAGAGAAACCCUAUGAAUGUAAUCAGUGUGGUAAAGUGUUUGCACAAUACAGUCAUCUUCAAAGUCAUGAAAGAACACAUACUGGAGAGAAAUCCUAUUAAUGUAAUCAGUGUGGAUAAGCCUUUUCAUGUCAUCGUUAUCUUCAAAGUAAAAGAACACAUACUGAGGCAAAACCAUAUGAAUGUAAUGAGUCUUGUAAAGCUUUUUUUUUAUGUCACAAUUAUCUUCAAAGUCAUAAAAGAACACAUACUGGAGGAAAACGCUGUGAAUGUAAUUGUGGUAAAGCCUUUUUAUGUCAUAGUUAUCUUAAAUGGCAUAAAAGAACACAUACUGGAGAAAAACCCUAUGAAUGUAAUCAGUGUGGGAAAACCUUUGCUGAAGACAUUUAUCUUCAAGUACAUGGAAGAACACAUACUGGAGAGAAACUCUAUGAAUGCAAUGUGGUA